AUGGCAAGGGAAAUGAAUUUUCUACAGAAACAUGGUAUAGCUAUGGGUCCUAAGAAUGCAUGUAGUUAUGCGGAUAUAGCUAUGGGGGAAAUAGAUAGAUUAGCCAAAACUAGUGGAAAUAUAAAGCCAGAGCUUUGGUGGCGCUACAGAGAUGAUAUUAUAGAUGUCUGGAAGCAAGGUUUGCCCAAGCUUCUAGAAUUUACUGAUUUUAUCAACUCUCUGUAUCCUACCAUUAAAUUUGAGUUAGUUUAUUCGGAAACUGAGUUAAAUGUGUUGGACCUCACCUUACGCUUGGAGAAUGGCUUUAUUUCCACUGAUGUUUAUGCAAAACCUACA